UUCUUUAAUUUAUUGUUCAACACUGGCGCGCUAGCCGAAAAAAAAAACGAAUAUUUGCCAUUUUGCCACGCAAACGUCACAGCGACUAAGCAUCCAACUUAACAGCAAAUACAACGUGUAGUUCAAGUAAUUAACAAAAACAAAACAACUAGAAAAAAUUAUCAUUGUGAUCAUCAAAAUCAUAAUCAAGAAUCAACUUUUGAGGGGGGCGGACACGUUAUGAGCAAUUCGAUUGCAUCAACAAAAUGCCUGCCCAAUGUCUCGCUCUCGUCCGGAAAUUAUGGUAUGUCCCAAAGCCACCGUUACACCGAUGAUACAAAGGAGUAUAUAUUCCUUAAGCUAACCGACUCUGCCUUCCGUGCCAUCGAGGAAUAUCAAAGAAACGAGAAUGCCAAACGCCUUGCGCCCGGCCAGUGUGCAAAAAUUCAAUGCAAUGGCAACACUGGCGUCAUACACUUCCCGCUGCCAAGCAGCGAUAACAGUUCUGUUAAUAACAGCAGCGGCAAUGGCGGCAGCGGGAUGGAAAACGGCGGACGUAAAUUUGGCUUCACCAUUGACGAACUGGAGGGCACAUUGGAGUGCAUACAGCAGCAGCACGAGGGACUCGAUGUCCUUGGUGCAUUGGCGCGACGAAUGCGAAUUCAUGCCAACGAUGAUGUCUACGAUACAACGCGAUCCAAAAUGGCCCGGGCCGAGGAGACGGAGAAGAGCAAGUGUAUACGGGAGAUCAAGCCAAAUCAAUCGGAUAUUGGGCGUAAGGUGAAGAAGCCGGCCUCGGCAUCAUCGCAUCACAGUGGGAACAACAACAACAGCAACAACAACAGCAACAAUAGCAGCAAUAGUUUUAACAGUAACAAUAGUCGUAAGUUAGUUUCAUCGCCAUUUAAUGGCCUGACAUCGUCGUCAUCAUCAGUUGCAGCAGCAGCAGCAGCAGCAUCAGCGGCAGCGGCAACAGCAGCAAUCACAAUCGCCUCACGCUCGCCCAAUCCCAAUACGUUGGGUGCCAGCGGCACAGUCAAUGGCAGUCGCAGCACAGCCCUGGCCAACACAUUCGCCAAUGGUAUCUCACAGGGCUGUGCGCUCAGCGGCAGCUCGCCCAGAGAGCACAGCACAACAGCAACUGUUGCUGGCACAGCAGCAGCAGCAACAGUUGGUUGCAGCAAUGGACGCAAUAAAAUGCUCAACGGCAGCGGCAACAAUUCGCGCAGUGGCAAUGCCAAAUCAGGCGGCGGUGGAGCAGGUGGGGCAGGUAAUGGCAACAAAAUGUCGGAUGUAUCGCGGCGCAGCAUUCGCGAGCGUUUGAUACAUUUGCUGGCAUUGAAGCCGUUCAAGAAGCCCGAGCUGUAUGCACGCCUCAAGAACGAGGGCAUCAAGGAUCGGGAACGCAAUCUAAUUGGCAAUAUACUCACGGAUAUAAGCACCAUGUCGCAUAAUACGUUCAAUUUGCGCCGCCAGAUCUGGAACGAUGUUGAUGAGAAUUGGCCGUUCUUCAGCGAACAGGAGCUGCAGCAGCUAAAGCGUCGCAAGCCACAGAAUCUGACGCCGCCCAUGAGCUCCGAUGCGGGCAGCUCCACCUCCGGACAGAGUCCAACGUCCACGCACACGGGCAGCCCGCCGCCGUUGCUGCUAAUGCCACCAAAUGUCGGACAGCAAUCGGGCGGCGGCGGCGGACCCGGCAACGGCGGCAAUAGCCUGAAACGGAGCAGCAUCGAGUACGAUGAAAUGUUUAGCACGGUGCAUCCGAAGAAACAGCGCAUCAGUCAUUACAACAGGGAGUCGGGCGGCGGUCCACAGUUUACAGCCGCGCCCGCUAACUGCCCCAACUCGGGCACGUCCUAUCGCAGUCGAAAUGCUGCCGCCUAUACGCCGCCGCAGCGCCAGCAUCCGCAGCUGGACGAGCACAGCAGCAACGAUUUGACCUACAGUGUGCUGGACAACCUGGACGAGUUCCGUAGCAUGACAGCAGCAGCUGCUGUUGGCGAGCAACAGCAACAACAGCAGCGCAGCAGCAGCAGCAGCAACAGUCGACGUGGCAGCGGCGGCUCCGCCAAGCAGAGCAGCAGCAGCAGCAGCAAUGGCAACGGCAACGGCAACGCAGACAAGCGCAACUCGACGGGCAGCAACUCGAGCAGUUCCAGCGGCUAUGAGACGCAGCUGGAGCGCAACAGUCGUCAGUCGUCGGCAGCGCAGACGACGGCACGAAAAUCCUCAACAACGCCGCCCAAAUUAGCUGCCAGCUUUGUGCGACAAUCGACACAGCAGCAACAACAGCAGCAACAACAGCAGCAACAACAGCAGCAGCAGCAGCAGCAACAACAGCAGCAGCCGCAGCCACGUGGCAACAGCUUCAGCAGCAACAACAACAAUGCGCACGAUGAGUACAAUUCAUACAACAACAACACGCAUGCCGCGUCCAAUAGCAAAAAGCGCACGAGUAGCAGCAACAGCAACGGACAACGUCAACGCAACAGCACCAGCAGCAGCAGCAACAAUCACGUCUAUCAACAGCAGCAGCAACAGUUGCAGGCGCCAGUGCAGCAGCAGCAGCAACAACAACAACAGAUGCAGCAGCAACAGCAGCAGCAGCAACAACCUUAUCAUAAUCGCGAGUCGACGAGCAAAAGCGCGAAUGGAAGCGGCGGCAACAAUCAGACGACGGCCAAGCAUCCGUCGCCCACACAGCAGCUGGCGGCGGCUGCGCAUGCGUAUGCGGCGGCAACGGCGGAUGCUGAUGCGAAUGCCACGCCCCGUUACGAUUUCAGCCAAUAUGCGCCCAUACGCACGCUGGAGGUGCGCAGGCGCUAUAAGACUGAAUUCGAGAGCGACUACGACGAGUAUCGCAAACUGUUGACCAGCGUCGAGGAUGUGCGCAAUCGUUUCCAGGAUCUGUCCAAGCGUCUGGAGGGCGCCCGGCGACGCGGCGGCGGCGACUACGAUCAAAUCAAGCGGCAAAUUGUUAGCGAAUACGAGCGCAUCAAUAGCGAUCGCAGCAUUCACAAGGACAAGCUGAGAUUCGACUAUCUGCACGCCAAGUUGGCGCACAUCAAGCAGCUGGUCAUGGACUAUGACAAGACUCUGAUGAGCGCCACGGCAGCAACAGCAGCAAUGCCGGAGCCAGCAGCUGAGGCUCAGGCGGCGGCAGCACGUUUGGCGGAAAGCAGCAACUGCAACAGCAACAUGCAACAGCAGCAGCAGCAACAACAUCGCCAGCAGCAGCAGCAACAUCAUGCUGUGGAAACGAUACAGCAACAAGAGCAGCAACAGCAACAGCAGCAGCAGCAGCAACAUUUCAUCAACAACAGCAACAACCACGAGAGCGACUCGGAUGACAGUUCCGGCAGCUCCGAUUCCAAUGAUGAUGAUGAUGAUGACGAUGAAGAUUGCGAAGAUUCCAACUCCAACACAGACGACGACGACGAAACCUACUGAGAAUAAACGAAUCAAACAACAACGCAAAGCUACUUCUUGAUAAAACGAUAAACGAAACAACAACAACAACAACAAAAAGGCUGCAGUUGCAGUUGCAACCAAUGUAAAAAG